GGAGGAGGCCGGGGGGCCAGGCCGAGGGAGGGGCCGCUCCUCACAGGCGCCGGCGGCCCAGCGCAGCCUGCAGCAGCACCCGCCCGGCGUUGUGGCGGUCCCUUCGCCCCGCAAUCCGGGCUGGCAGCGAUGCCGGGGGACAGAAGAGCCAACUUAAGAGUUAUUACCGUUAGAGCGACGACAGCGACUAAAGUCAAUCACCGACUAAGCGUCUCUUUUGGCUUUCGCCCCUUCGACCAGGAACCGGAAAUCUGGCUGCUCCAGAUCACGUGAUCAGCCACCAUCUUGACUGGUGGCAGGUGCUCCGAGGAGGAGGGGUUAUCAGACCGGCUCUGCUUCUUUAAGGCGUGGCUUCCAAGCUAGGGGACGGUUCUGUGGAUUGUGAAGGGGAGGUGGAGGAGGAGAUGGCGGCGACGGCGCAGGAAGAUGGCGUCCGCAACCUGGCGCAAGGGCCGCGGGGCUGCGAGCACUAUGACAGAGCCUGUCUCCUCAAGGCACCUUGUUGUGACAAGCUGUAUACUUGCCGGCUGUGUCAUGAUACCAAUGAAGAUCACCAGCUGGAUCGUUUCCAAGUGAAGGAGGUGCAGUGCAUCAACUGUGAAAAACUCCAGCACGCCCAGCAGACUUGUGAAGACUGUAGCACAUUGUUUGGAGAAUAUUACUGCAAUAUUUGCCACCUGUUUGACAAAGAUAAGAAGCAGUAUCAUUGUGACAACUGUGGGAUUUGUAGGAUUGGUCCAAAGGAAGAUUUUUUCCAUUGCUUGAAAUGUAACUUAUGCCUAGCCAUGAAUCUUCGAGGAAAACAUAAGUGCAUUGAAAAUGUUUCCCGGCAGAAUUGUCCGAUAUGCUUGGAGGACAUUCACACCUCCCGUGUUGUUGCUCAUGUCUUGCCAUGUGGGCAUCUCCUACAUAGAACGUGUUAUGAAGAAAUGUUGAAAGAAGGUUACAGAUGCCCAUUGUGUAUGCAUUCUGCUUUAGACAUGACUCGGUACUGGAGGCAAUUAGAUAAUGAGGUAGCACAGACUCCUAUGCCAUCGGAAUACCAGAAUGUGACUGUUGACAUUCUCUGCAAUGACUGUAAUGGACGAUCCACAGUCCAGUUCCAUAUCUUAGGGAUGAAAUGUAAGCUUUGUGACUCCUACAAUACUGCUCAAGCUGGAGGCCGUAGAGUAUCAGGGGAUCAGCAGUGAGAAGCUUGUCCUUGUCUGGAGAACAGCUCUGUGAUGUAGAUGAAGCUCUGUGUAAAAGAUCCUGGUGUCAGAAUGUGUCCUAACUAUGUAUUAAAGAUGUUUCAUACCACUGUCACAACAGUGGAUCACACCCUAUACACCUGAGUAUUCAAGAUCUCUGGAUGGAAUUAUAAUAGCGCUUACUGGGUGAAGCCUUUGAGCCUGUGUAGAUUGGAAAUUCCUUUAGUGUCAAGUUUUGAAGCCAGUGAUGUUUGUCCCAGAUAGAGUCACAUUUAUUGAAAUAUUUUAUAUUUUCAUGGAACUUUUAAGUGACACUAUGCACGCAGAGUUAAUUUCUAGUUCUUGAUAGAACUACAUUCAUUUUUAACUAGUCUUUGAUUUUAAGGGCUGUACUAUAUUUUUUAAGUUCUUAUUGUUAAAAUCUAAUUACAUGUACUUUUUAAUUUUCUAAGACAGUCCUAUAUCUACAAUUUUAUGUAAUAAACUGCUUAUGAAAUUGUA